AUGUCGAUGAUCACCAGCAUACUGGGCCGCAAGCAGCAGCAGAAGGGCAACACCGCGCGCACCGGCAGUGGCGCCGGCGCCGGCGGCGCGGAGGCCGCGGCAGUGGAACCGGUGAGCAUCGACAUCAAGGAGCAGCCGCUGGUGGACGCCAUCACGCUGGCGGCGUUCGCGGCGCCGGCGCUGGGCCUGUCGUCGUUCGCGACGGCGAGCAUGGACUGGAAGGAGACGCCGACGGCGCACGUGUUCAUGGCGGACCUCCCCGGGAUGCGGCGCGACGAGGUGAAGGUGGAGGUGGAGGAGGAGAAGGUGCUCAAGAUCAGCGGGCAGCGGCAGCGCGCCGCCGAGGAGAAGGGCGACCGCUGGCACCGCGUGGAGCGGAGCUCCGAGCGGUUCGUCCGCACCGUGCGCCUGCCGCCCAACGCCAACACCGACAACGUGCAGGCGGCGCUCCAGGACGGCGUGCUCACCGUCACCGUGCCCAAGGACAACGAUCGCAAGGCCUACGGCAGGCUCAUCCCUAUCACCAAUUAA